UGUAUAUUAAAACUGGCGUUUUACGUUGAAACUUUUCUGUUCUGCUAAUACAAAACAUUAACUUGUGACUUUUUGAAAAGAAAGGGAAAGAAAGAACUUAUUUUAAAUUAUGGCCACCAUCGCACCAACAACUACAACCGAGGGUAGUUCCAUUAGCCGUGUAGAAAGCAAUGGAUUAUAUAGUGCUACCCUGGUGUUCAAGAGCAACGAAUACACCGUUGGUUUGGAAUUGGCUGCGUUACUGUUAAAGUAUCCUUGCGUUUCCUAUUCGGUUUUUGAUUUCUCACGUGAUGUUUUCAAUUUUGCUAAUGAAUCGUCUUUGCGUUUUGAUACUUUUCCACCUAUCACUACUGCUGAGUUGUUGCAGGAGGUCUUGGAUGAGCUUAAUAAUAAGGCUAUUGAAAUCGCAACUAUGUUGCAGGAAGUUGUCAAGCGUGAACAGUCUUAAAUCUUAGCUGCGUUUAUGGGUACUGGAGUUGAUAUUCUAGUCUCAAGAUACCACAAAAAAUGGAAUCAAAAAUAGUGUAUAUAUUUGUGAAACUUUACAACUGAUCAAAUUUUUCACUUGUUAGUUAAUGUUUGUUUACCAAAUUAUUAACGCCAUCUAAAAUAAAAUAAAACACUUGACU